GCUGCUGCAGAUUGAACACUCCAUCAGUGUUCGUCGGGAAUCGAAGAGCUCUGACAGUGAGAAUUGAGAGGCAGAGAUGAAGAAAAAUGGAGUGAGUCUUGAAGGGGAAAGGGUAAUUUUGGUGCCUUACAUGGAAGCGCAUGUCCCCAAGUAUCACGAAUGGAUGAAAGACCCAACUCUGCUUCAAGCCACCGGCUCCGAGCCCCUCACGCUCGAUCAAGAGUACCAGAUGCAGCAAUCAUGGACCCAGGACCCAAAAAAGCAGACUUUCAUUGUGCUGGAUAAGGAAUUGGUUGAGGGAAAAUUCAUCCAUGGAGAUCCUGCUGUUGAAGCCAUGGUUGGUGAUGUUAACCUAUACAUGAAUGAUGUGGAUGAUUCCCUUUUAGCAGAGAUUGAAAUAAUGAUAGCUGAACCCAACUGCCGUGGUAAAGGACUUGGGAAAGAAUCCAUCCUGAUGAUGAUGGCAUUUGCAGUCAAGAACCUCGGGAUGCAUAUCUUCCGGGCAAAAAUUGGAGAAUUGAAUGAAGGGUCUCUCACUUUGUUCAAAAAAUUGGGCUUUGAAGAGACUUCUUACAGUGAAAUCUUCAAGGAGGUUUUCAAGAUGCUUGCUUGGUUUGACCAUCUGAUGUUGACUUGUGGAGACUAGUCUAGAAGCUCCAAUCUCAUUGCCUCUACAAUUUGGCAUCUUCAGAAAGACUUGAAGGCAUGGCAGGUAUCAUGUCUCUGUUCUUACAUGAGCAUUCAAGUUGGUCCCUCUUAAGUUUGAUUAAUAGUAACAACUGAAAUGUCCCUGAAGCUGUUGAAACUUCCCAUUUUCGAGUAUCUGAGAAUGGGAACUGAUGAAAAUGUUUUUGGGUAAUCGAUGGGCCACUCGAACCUACAAAAUAUUGGUCAUGGUCUUUAACAAAAUUCUACCCCAUCAAACACGUUCUUUUGAUCUUCCCAUAACUACAACCAGAAAAACGAAGGGACAACGUAAUCUUGGCGAUUUCGUAUCCAAAACGAUCAAUGCCAAAUAACCGAAAUCACAUCCCAUCCAUCCUAGUUUCCAAUUUAUGAUAUUAGAUAUAACCCCUUUGAUGGGUGGUGAACAGAUGUAGGGAGAGAAAAUUUUGACUUGUUUUUAAGAACCCAUGAAUAUUUUAUGGCAAUUAUGAGCCCCAAUUAGGGAAUGAGUCCACAAAAUUAGGCAAUUGAAUCAUAAAUUCAAACCCUAUUAAAGAAGAUAUUGUGACUUCUUGGUGUUGCAGCUGCUGUGAAAAACCCAAUGGAGAAUUCUGUGUUCCCAUUGAUGGUUAGGAUUGUUCUCUUUAUUUUCCAAGAAAAUCUUGUUUGUAUAUGUGGAAUUUUAGGCAUGGAGAAAAGGCAGAGGUCUAUAAAGGCUGUGGGGGCUGAUUUGGUCAUUUUCCUCUCAUUUCCCAUUGUGACCAAGCCUUUUGCUCUUGGUCAAUUCACUUUUUGUAUGCAACUGGAUGGAGCCAUGAAGGAAAUAUCUGUCAUCAUGCUUCUCCCAAAAGUAUCCACUAAAUUCAUUCUCUUUUAGUUCAUCUUAAUUUAAAAAAUUGUAUAAAAAAGUUAAAGUAAACAAAUACUUUUGGUUCCUCUAAUUUUAAUUUUAU